AUGCACAUGGUGACAGUCAUGCAGAGGGGUAUAUGGGCAGCAUUGCUCUGGCCCUAUCUGAUUACCGGAAGCAUCCCGCUGGACUGUAGGGAAGAGCCGGGUAGCCUCUCCCGCUGCCUCUCCAUCUCCCAGGAGAAACUUCUAGACCGAGUCAUCCAGCAUGCUGAGCUCAUCUACCGUGUCUCAGAAGAAUCCUGCUCUCUGUUUGAGGAGAUGUUCAUCCCGUUCCCAUUGCAGCUCCAGAGGAACCAAGCUGGCUUUGCAUGCAUCACCAAUGCCUUACCCAUCCCCAGCUCCAGGAGUGAAAUCCAACUGAUAUCUGACAAAUGGUUGCUCCACUCUGUGCUGAUGCUGGUCCAGUCGUGGCUCGAGCCUCUGGUCUACCUGCAGACCUCACUGAAUCACUACGAUGCCGCUCCUGACGUGCUGCUUAACAAGACCAAGUGGGUGUCUGAGAAACUGAUCAGUCUGGAGCAAGGGGUGGUGGUCCUCAUCAAGAAGAUGUUGGAUGAGGGGAUGACCGCAAACCAGAGUGAACAAGGCCUAUUCCAGUAUGAUGUGCAGCCAGACAUGCUGGAAUCUGUGAUGAGAGACUACACCUUACUCAGCUGCUUCAAGAAAGAUGCCCAUAAGAUGGAGACUUUUCUCAAGCUCCUAAAGUGUCGACAAACUGACAAAUACAACUGCGCCUAA